AUGGAACGAAAAAAUUACGGAACGUUAAAAAAUGUGGAUGAUGAAAGAAUACCGAUUUAUCCCACCUACACGAAAAAAUACGAAGGGCCGAGGUUUUUGGGAGUCUGCAGGACAGAAUUUUUGUUUUCCGUUUUUUUGUUCACGUAUUUGCUGUACUUAUUUUGCGGGGCCGCAAUAUUUAGUAUCUUAGAAGGCCCUGGAGAGCAGGCUAUGAAGGCUAAAUUAGACUCGGUUAUUAAUAAAUUCUUGGUCGAUCAUCCAAAUGUGACAGAUCAAGCUUUAGAAGAUUUGAUCACCGAAAUAGUUAAAGCCAGCAAUAGAGGCGUAUCUGCAGCUAGAAAUGCAUCAGGAGAACCGAACUGGAGUUUUGGACAGUCGUUGUUCUUCUCUACGACCGUAGUGACCACAAUCGGGUACGGUCACGUUACCCCGCUCAGCAGAAGCGGUAAAGUGUUUUGCGUGCUCUAUGCUGUAGUCGGCAUACCCUUAACUCUGGUUUUAUUGUCCGCCUUGGUAGAAAGACUUUUGGUGCCAACAAUUUGGCUUCUGCAAUGGCUUAAUUCCAGACUUGGGCAUUUGUAUCAACCCUUUAAUAUAAGGCUGCUCCAUCUUUUUAUAAUAGUUUCUUUAAUGGUUGGAUUAUUUUUACUGAUUCCGGCAACAAUAUUUGCUGCAAUUGAACCAGAAUGGGAUUUUCUGGACUCGUUCUACUAUUGCUUCAUAUCAUUAACAACCAUUGGAUUGGGUGAUUAUAUUCCAGGGGAUUCUCCCGAUCAACCUUACAGGCCCUUUUACAAAAUAGCUACUACAGGAUAUUUAUUUUUCGGCAUCACAUUCAUGAUGCUGACUCUAGCAGUAUUCUACGACAUUCCCCAACUAAACUUGGGACUUUUGUUUACAACUAACGAAGACACUAAUUCGGAGAAGGUGCGACUGGCUGGUGCCGGGCACGGUCUACAGUACGGGGCUGGAGGAACUUUUAGCCCUCAAUCGAGCGAUGAAAACAAUCAUCGCCAGGUGGUCAGAGUUAGAUCUAGGAGAGACGACAGCCCUAGCCCUGAGGAGGGCCCCAUUAAAGAACUCAGGCUUUCCUAA